GCAUUGACAGCCAACCACAAGAGUCGUUCGCAUUUUUCUUACUCUCUCGCUUUCUCCGUCUUUUCGUCAUGCUUGCCAAAUAUUGUGCGUGUGUUUGGAUAUAAAUCAAAGCAUCACUCACUCAUGAUGCCAUUUCGCAAGCUGUGUAUGUGUACUGGAAUAUCCGUUUAGCAUUGAGAUUGUGCGUCGCAUUCCAACACAAUACAACGCUACACUCAUUUUGUUUACUCGAAACGUCAAACGUGUUCCGCGCAAAUUCGCCACAAACGAUUCCAUGUAGAAAUUGUGUGACUUUAUUCUGCAUACAAUCAGAGUUGGAUAACAUUUUUUGUGAAUUUGGGUGAAAUAUCGUCAAAUUGUGAGCUGAAUCAAGACUCCCAUUAGAGAAUCGAUUUAACGCGAAUAAGAUGAAUUCAAAUUGGAAGCAGAAGCUAAACCAAAUAUUUGACGCACAUGAAAGCAGCAUCGAGGAAGAGCUAUUGAAAGUGUCAUUGGCAUUCGAAUCGUGUCAGCCGUCGGCAAAUCUAACCACAGAGCCGUCUUAUUUCGACUUUCUUUGCUGUCGGCUAAGUGCAACGUGUCGAAAAUUCCAAUUGGGAUACACAGCCGCCAAAAAUGUAGAAGCAACAGAUAGCACUGCUCGAACUGACAACCUAACGGCUGUCAAGACGACUCCAGUCAGUUGUGUAUCGGCAACUAGCACGCUUCGAGCCAGUGGCUUGACAAUCGUCACCCCAGUCAUAGCCAAUGGUAUUAUCACAUCAACUUCAGCCAAUGGUUUAUUGACAUCGACAAACAACCCGACUUCAGAUAGCGGCUUGAAAGUUACUGCGAUUCAAGCUGAUGAUACGUCCAGCUUAACCACCAACGACGAUACAACAAACUUAGAAGCUAAAGCUACUAAAACACUAGCUGAUCACUUGCCGUCAACUAGCCGUUGUGAUGCGUCAACUACCAACGAAUAUUCGGCCACAGCUGGUACAAAUGGUACCACGAACACAGAAGAUUCGCCACAAAUACGAAAUUCCACAAUUGUUCCAUCGGCAUUGAUCAAAAUGGAAAAGGACUCGGAUGAUGAGAUCAAUUGCGAUCAAGCCAUUGAGCAGGCAGAAGAUUUAAGCUCAAAUGUGAAUGAUGCUAAGAUCACAAAUGACACUGAAUCGAUUGAACAUCAUAUCAGCAAUAUCGCUGAAGAAGUGUCUAGCGCCGCCGUAAAUUCAAACUUACCCGAAGUGACUGCAUCAGCGGUGGUUAUGACAGAGGAAGAAAUUGAUCGUCGUAUUAAGAAUAUUAUAGCUGCAGCCAGUCAUUGGCAGAAAAACUUUGAACGGGCCAAUAAAUCGGGUCCGUCAGUAAAACGCAAGGUAUCAACCGAUGGAGAGGGUGCAGUUUUAGUCAAGAAAUUAAAGUUGGAAGAGCUGGAAAUGUCAUUGGAAGAAGAAACCCCACUGAACGCGAUCAUUCCGAAAAACAUUGACGCAAAAAUCCAUUGCAAGCAUCCAGUGUACAUCUCAAAAUGUAUGCUGUGCAGUAAAAUCGAUGCGAAUCUCGUUGAUCACUAUCGCCUUGCGCAUCCAAGCAGCGAAGUGUUUAUAUCGCGACCAUCUCCGGUGAUGAUAAAGCGAAUUCGAUGUCAAGGCGAGAGUUUUGAGUGCAAGGCUGGAAUCAUCAGUGGAAUGUGCUUCUUCUGUGAGCAGCUCAAAAAAUACACGAUCAACAAUUGGAAACAGCAUUUGCUGUCACACACGGGUGAAUUCGAGUACUAUUGUUCGAAGUGUUUGCUUGGACUGUCAAUGAAAGCAAAACAUGAGGGUUGCUCCAAGACAUUUGUCAAGCAUAUAUUCGCUAGCCAAACAAAUAACUGCGCUUUGAAAGGCUACAUCUGUAAGUUGUGCAAUUUUUUGCAGAUAAACAAAGACAAUUUGGUCAAGCACUUGGUGAAUGAGCACGGUAGCACAUCAUACGAGAUCAACAAACACUCGAAAAAGGUCACUUUGAUCCCGAAUCUCCGGCAUAUCACGUCGCUGAUUAUGAAUGGCCAUGAAUUUAUUGGCUCAGCCGAUAGAUAUCGAUGCGGUUUUGGCCAAUGCUACGCACAUUUUGGUGACUCAGUUGAUCUACUCGAGCAUUUCAAGCAUUUGCACAAUCGAUGGGGCGAUUUUAUGUGUCCACAUUGCUCACAGUUGAUUCGCUGGCGCUGUUUUGAUGACAUUCUUAAUCAUUAUAAGCUUCACGGCUGUGAUUUGUUCCAGUGUGUCACAUGCCAGCACACUUUUGGCACUGAAUUUGAUGUCAUUUUGCACAUUGUACGCAAGCAUCCGAUGGAUGACUUUCAAUAUCGCCAGAAUAUCCGUUCGCAUCAUUAUGGAAUCGAGAAACGUGAAGUCACCAUUUUGAUGGAGUGCAAUUUGUGUAACAGCCGCUUUGAUAACGUAUCAUCGGCUUCGACGCAUUUCAAGAAGGUGCACGAUUCAUUGAACGUUGACUUUACUGCGAUUCAGUUGGUGAAAACGACAACAGUCGGAAUGGUGACAACAUUUUCGGUGGAGAAAAAACCAUUGCUUUUCCGGCAAUUCUUCGUCUGUCAACGUUGCAACCAGUCAAUUUUGUCCAAAGAUCAAUUGGUUGAUCAUCAGAAACGACAUCACAGUGGUUUCUCUAUCGAUCUGAAGUUGAGCAAAAUCGUUCAAUUGAACAGUGAAAAAAUUGUGAACUCAGGCACAUUUACCAUGAAGAAUUCACUGUAUGAUCGGUAUCUGUUGUUUACAUGUGUGCAUUGCGAUGAGGCCGGCGAUACAAUGGCUUGCUGGGCCACCGUUAAAGAGGUACAUUCACACUGGAAAUCAACACAUUCAACAAGACCAUUUCAAUUCUCAGCCGCUUUGUUGGUGUCAUGCCAUUAUUGUAAUUUCUUCAGCACAUUCCAUGGCCUCAAGGCACAUCAUGAAAAGAAACACGCACAAAACCAGACUCCUUUUAUCUUAUCCGAUUUGGUGGACCCGAAUAAAUGCGGUAUAUGCGAGUACAUGGGCGAUGGCCUGGCCGCACAUUUCAAAAGCAAACAUGAACUCACCGUGCAGAUCAACAAUCUCGAUCCGGUCAGCCUGAGCAAUGAAAUGCUCAACAAAUUGACCGGCAUCAAUAUCAAUCGAAAACGACAGUGUGGCAUUUGUAACGACCUGAACAAUCGCAUGGAGCUGUUUGAAACAGACACUGAUAUCGAAAUACAUCAUAAGAAGGAGCAUGAAUCAUUGGAACUGAGUUCGCAUAAAGUAUUCGACAAAGAGAGCCUGCAUGUGAUCACCGGGUGUUGCCAGUCAAAACUCAAUCCACAUGAACUGCUCGACCAUUUUGCCAAUCAUAAAUUUUCCGUUCUUUGUUCCAAGUGCCACUUUGAAACGUCGGAAUUGUAUGAGUUCAUCAAUCAUCAGGUCAACGAACAUGAUCUAACGAAAAAUGCCGACUUUUUGUACAAACGAUUUUUGUUCAAUCGAUUCUGGCGCAGCAAGCUAUCGUUUGGCAAUGGACUGGUUUUGAACAAGUGCAACACACUGAAAACCGAUUUUGAUGACAGCAAAGCAUUUCAGCAGCUGGUGGAGUCAAUGUUGAAGGAACAGAAGGAAAAGUAUCAAGGGAAAAAAUGAUUGAAGCGGAGAACUCGUUCAUUUUGAAUUGAUUCAAAAAGUUCGCUAAAAAAAUGAUGAAAUUGGUUCACUUAAAAAUUUAAAAAAAAAUGGUCUUUGAUAUGGAUUCAAGAAAAAAUAUCAUUUCUAUACCAAUUUUUUACAUAUCAACUUGAAUUUUGGUUACAACGGAUUCAAUUCGGGUUCACGAAUUUAAAAAAAUUGAAAAAUACUCGAAGAAAAUUUCAUUUUCCUGCAUACAAAAAGAAAAUGUUAGUGUUCUGCAUUUACCCAUCCAAAAGUCAAGAGAUUUUUUGUAGGAAAAUUUAAAUUUUAAAGUCACAUUUUCUCAAUUUUUGUGAACAAUUAAAAACAAACUCGAAUCGAGUUAAAAAAAAAAUUGCUUAGAAAGCAAAUGGUUUGAAGAAAAUGUUUCGAUUUAAUUUUUUGAAAAAAUUGAACAAAAUUUAAAAAACGCUGAAUAUCAAGAAAAAUAUAAGUAAACUCAAGUAAAAAGGGAUUAUUUCAAAAGAUGCAGAGAUGGAAUUAAAAAAAUUCUAACAAAUAGUCGUUAGGAGUUGUUAUUCAAUCCGAUUUGAUAUCGUGUCAACAAACUCAAAAUUGAAUUCGGAAUUUUCCGGAUCAAUCGUUUUUUUUUAAAUCAAAAUAUGUUUAGAAAAAAUUAUUAAAAAAUUAUUCAAAAAACAAAACGAUAAAAAAAAUCCACGAACAACCGAGGGAAAAUAUCAAUUCAUUUUUUGAUUAUUAAAACUUCCACAAAAACUUCGUAAAAAAUGUA